AAUCGUACAUAUUUGUACGAAGAGUGACCACUAAAGGUCAGGGCUCUCUUGUUUUCAUGAAAAUGGUCCCUGUGGCCCCAAAUAUGGAAGCUUUCCCAGAGGACCUUUCAGUCGUUGUUUUGAGCAAAAUUCUUCUCGAAUUUGGCUAGUUUUUCGAUUGUAAAAAGCGAUUUAUUCUUCGUUUCGCAUUCGCUAGCAUUUAAAAAUGGCGGCGAGGUAUUUAUCUCCCGAGGAAGUGUUUAGAAGAGUCCUGAAUGACGAUUCUGACGGGGAUUAUUCUGAUGAAAGCGAAGCAGAACUUUCGGAAGAAGAUGACAACAAUGGCAGAUCAGAACACGAGGAAAGUGAAGAAGACGAAAGCGACGAAUUGCUUCCUGACGAAGCAAAUAGCGAAGAAUCUGACAUUUGUGGUAACCGUGACAGAAGUCCUAUUCGACCAGAAAGACAAGCUGGAAGGGGAAGAGGAAGGGGUAGAGGAAGAGGAGCAAGAAGGGGAGCAAGAUCCGGUCCAGCAAGACGACGUCAAGACCCCGCUGAGCCAAACAUUGACUGGUCUGACCAGUAUAGUCCAGUGCAGAUCCCUGACUUUGGAGAACCACAUCCAGGUCCAACAAGAAGAUUUCCGAAUGUGAACACUGCUCGCGAACGAGACUUCUUUGAUCUGCUAUUCACUAAUGAUAUAUGGGAAAUCUUGGUUCAAGAGACCAAUAGGUACUACGAUCAGCAGAAGGCAACUGACCCUGGCAAGCAUAAAAGACCCUGGGCUCCUGUCACGAGAGAUGAAAUGGAGGCCUUCAUUGGUAUUAUUAUUCUGAUGGGAAUAGUCAAGUUGCCCCGUUUCGAAAUGUAUUGGAGCCAGGAUAAACUAAUCCACCAGGAAAGCAUUGCCAACAUCAUGUCUCAAACAAGAUUCCUUCAAAUAUGGAGAUACUUUCAUUUAGCUGACAAUGCAGUAGCCAUCCCUAGGGGUACUGAUGGUUUUGACAAAAUCUACCGGGUGAGAAAUUUCCUUAACAUUAUACUUAUAAAUAUUCGAGACGAGUAUAGACUAGGCAUGAAUAUUGCUAUUGACGAGACAAUGGUACCCCACAAGGGAAAGUUGGCUUUCAAGCAGUACAUAAAAAAUAAGCCAACUAAGUGGGGCAUGAAGUUGUGGGUCCUGAGCGAGGCAACUACAGGCUAUGUUUAUAGAUUUCAAGUAUAUCUGGGGAAAGAACAUGGCCAGCAACCCGAAAAACACUUAGCUAGAAGAGUGGUACGAGAUCUGACAGUAACAGAAACAGGGAAAAAUCACCAUCUCUAUAUGGAUAAUUUUUACACUGACCCACACUUUUUCCUUGAGCUUUUUGACAAGAAGAUACUUGCAUGUGGAACUGUACGUCAAAACAGGAAACAGUUUCCCAAGGAUUUGAUUAUCACUACUCGAAUGCAAAAACAAAUGGAUCGUGGAGACUAUUUGUGGAGAGCUCAUAUGAGAUUAGUAGCAACAGCCUGGAAUGACCGAAGGGUUGUUUACCAUUUAUCUACCAUUCAUCCUCCAGAUCUUGAUGGUCAGCCUGCUACUAUCAAAAGGAAAUCAGCUCGUGGUGGUAAUGUUGACAUCAAUUGUCCUCCAGCUCAGCUUGACUAUCAAAAAUAUAUGGGCGGAGUAGAUCUUGCAGAUCAGCUUAUAAAGACAUUUAGUGUCAUUAGAAAGUCACGAAAAGCCUGGAAGAAGUUGUUUGGCUAUGGCCUAGAAGUGUGUCUCCUGGACUCCUUCAUUAUUAUGAAGAAAUUGAAGCCCAGCAACACUGAAUUUUUAACUUAUCGCAAAGAAGUGGCACGACAGCUUAUUGCUGGAAGAUCAUUUCGUGGUAAGGCUGGUCGCCCACCUACUCAGCCACAAGCUGAAGUUGAUGCCAGGAGACUGGAUGGAUCCUACCAUGAAAUUGCAGUAACUGAUGCAAGGAGGGAUUGUGUUGUUUGUGCCAAGAGAGCCCAAGUGAGAAAUCUCGACAGGAAUUAUCGAUAUAAAUCUGCCAUUGUUUGCACUACCUGUGAUGGGAAGGCCUUGUGCCUAAACAAAGACAGAAAUUGCUGGGAGAAGUGGCAUAGACAAGUUCAAUAUUGGCAGUAACAGUAACUUCAAUUCUGGCAGGAACACUGCACUGAACUGUGCAAUUCUGGAUAGUUCUUUUGCAAAUAAUAUUCAAAACAUUUUUUUGUGAAUUGUUCACUGAUAGGAUUUGUACCGGAAGUACAAAAAAUGCAAUAUCUCAGGCUAGGAUAGGAAUAUUUUAGUUCUGUUUGAAGUGUUUUAUUCCCUGAUAAAUGGUUGUUGAACCCAAGUACAUUGUGUGAUUUAGGUAACAAUACUGUACCACAGGCCCCUUGAAGAAAAUAUUGUUUUGCCCAGGGUGGAAUGUAACCAAUAUAUGCAAAUAGCUCAUACCCUUUGUGGUAUGCCCUAUAUUUUGUUGUUUUAUUGCAAAUAUGUUACACAUUUCCAAAGCUUUACAAUGAUAUAUAGUUUAUGGGAGGGUAACUUCAAUACUUUUUUAGUUAUCAUUAGAAAUAGUGAUUGCGGCUGCGCAACUGAAAAAUUACCUAAAAAAAUCUGCCAGUUAAAGGGUU